GAAAAGUAACCAUGGUGCUCAGUAGCUUGGAUAAGAUGAUUCAACUCCAGAGAAACACUGCGAACAUCAGAAAUAUCUGUGUUUUGGCUCAUGUUGACCACGGAAAAACUACCUUAGCUGAUUGUCUUAUAUCUAGCAAUGGAAUCAUCUCCAGUCGUCUGGCAGGCAAGUUAAGGUACAUGGACAGCAGAGAAGAUGAGCAGGUCCGCGGGAUCACCAUGAAAUCCAGUGCCAUCUCACUCCACUACAGAACAGGUAACGAGGAGUACCUGAUUAACCUGAUAGACUCUCCGGGACACGUGGAUUUCUCCUCCGAAGUAUCCACAGCUGUUCGCAUUUGUGAUGGCUGCAUCAUUGUGGUAGAUGCCGUGGAAGGAGUCUGUCCACAGACGCAGGCAGUUCUACGACAAGCCUGGCUUGAAAACAUCCGUCCUGUGUUAGUGAUUAAUAAGCUAGACCGCUUGAUAGUGGAACUGAAAUUCACCCCGCAGGAGGCCUAUUCUCACCUGAAGAAUAUUUUAGAACAGAUUAAUGCACUCACAGGAACUCUUUUUACUUCUAAAGUCCUAGAAGAAAGAGCAGAAAGGGACACUGAUUGCCAAGUGAAUCCCAGUUCUGAACAAGGAGAGCAAGUGUAUGACUGGAGCAGUGGCUUGGAGAACACAGAUGAUUCGCACCUUUACUUCUCUCCAGAUCAGGGAAAUGUGGUGUUUACAAGUGCGAUAGAUGGGUGGGGCUUCGGAAUUGAACAUUUUGCCAAAAUCUACAGUCAAAAAAUUGGCAUCAAAAAGGAAGUUCUUCUGAAAACCUUGUGGGGAGAUUAUUAUAUAAAUAUGAAGGCUAAGAAGAUUAUGAAGGUUGAUCAGGCCAAAGGAAAGAAACCUUUGUUUGUACAGUUGAUCCUGGAAAAUAUAUGGAGUUUGUAUGAUGCUGUCUUGAAAAAGGACAAAGAAAAAAUUGAUAAAAUAGUGACUUCUUUAGGAUUAAAAAUUGGAGCUCGGGAGGCACGUCAUUCCGAUCCUAAAGUCCAGAUCAAUGCCAUUUGCAGUCAGUGGCUACCCAUAUCCCAUGCUGUCCUCGCUAUGGUGUGUCAGAAACUUCCUAGCCCCCUUGAUAUUACAGCUGAGAGAGUGGAGAGAUUGAUGUGCGCGGGAUCACAAAUGUUUGACUCUCUUCCACCGGAAACCCAGGCCCUGAAAGCAGCUUUUAUGAACUGUGGGAGUGAAGACACUGCUCCAGUUAUUAUCUUUGUCUCCAAAAUGUUUGCAGUUGAUGCUAAGGCUUUACCUCAGAAUAAGCCAAGACCUCUCACUCAAGAAGAAAUUGCGCAGAGGCGUGAGCGUGCGCGACAGAGGCAUGCGGAGAAGCUGAUGGUGGCGGCGGUGCAGGUAGCCGUGGAGCCCACACAGGAUGGGAGUGCCCUUGAAACAAAACCAAAAGUAGAGUCAAGAGGUGGUGAGCAGCAGGCAGAGAGUAUGGCCCCUAAAGCCGUGCCUGAGGGAGAGAAUAAAGAAGAGUGUUUCAUUGCAUUUGCACGAGUCUUCAGUGGUGUGGCUCAAAGAGGAAAGAAAAUGUUUGUCUUGGGGCCCAAAUACAGUCCUGUUGAGUUUUUGAAUCGGGUACCGUUAGGCUUCUCCACCCCAGCUGAUGAGCUCCCCCCGGUACCUCACAUGGCAUGCUGCGCUCUGGAAAACCUGUAUCUUCUGAUGGGAAGAGAGCUGGAAGAGCUAGAGGAAGUGCCUCCAGGAAACGUGCUAGGAAUAGGAGGCCUACAAGACUUUGUGCUGAAAUCUGCAACCCUGUGUAGUUCACCAUCCUGCCCACCAUUUAUUCCGCUCAACUUUGAAGCCACUCCUAUCGUGAGGGUUGCUGUGGAACCAAAGCACCCAAGUGAGAUGCCUCAGCUUGUCAAAGGAAUGAAGCUAUUAAACCAAGCUGAUCCCUGCGUCCAGAUUUUAAUUCAGGAAACUGGAGAGCAUGUUUUAGUUACAGCAGGGGAAGUCCACCUUCAAAGAUGCCUGGAUGACUUAAAAGAAAGGUUCGCAAAGAUUCAAAUCAGUGUAUCUGAACCCAUUAUUCCAUUCAGAGAAACGAUCACAAAGCCCCCAAAAGUUGACAUGGUCAAUGAAGAAAUAGGCAAACAACAAAAAGUUGCAGUCAUACACCAAACAAAAGAAGAUCAAAGCAAAAUUCCUGAAGGCAUCCAAGUUGACCCUGAUGGGCAAAUCACCAUAUCAACUCCCAAUAAACUUGCCACACUCAGUGUUCGUGCCAUGCCCCUUCCAGAAGAAGUCACUCAGAUUCUGGAAGAAAAUAGUGAUUUGAUUCGUUCUAUUGAGCAAUUCACAUCCUCUUUGAAUGAGGGCAGAAAUACUCAGGUGAUUCACCAGAAGACCCAAGAGAAAAUUUGGGAAUUCAAAGGAAAACUAGAGCAACACCUAACAGGGAGAAAAUGGAGGAACAUUGUUGACCAAAUCUGGUCGUUUGGCCCAAGAAAAUGUGGUCCCAACAUUCUAGUCAAUAAAAGUGAAGAUUUUCAGAAUUCAGUGUGGCCAGGUCCAGUCAGCAAAGCUUCAAAAGAAACCACUAAGUACCGAGAUUUGGGCAACAGCAUCGUAAGUGGCUUCCAGCUAGCAACUCUCUCUGGCCCCAUGUGUGAGGAACCUCUCAUGGGUGUCUGUUUUGUUCUGGAAAAAUGGGACUUAAGCAAAUUCGACGACCAAGGUGGAAGUGAUAAACAGAAUCAAGAGCAAAGUAUUCUGGGAAAAGAGGUGCAGAAAGCGGGUGAAAAGCAUUCCAGCGGAGCUGAAAGCCAAGAGCUUCAAGAUGGUUGCCCUGAGCGCUUUGAGAAGCAUACUGCCCAGAAAGGAGAAACUUCUCUCAGUGAUUGCUAUGGCCCCUUAUCAGGGCAGCUCAUUGCCACCAUGAAAGAAGCGUGUCGCUAUGCUCUGCACGUGAAACCUCAGCGCCUGAUGGCAGCUAUGUACACAUGCGACAUCAUGGCCACCGGUGAUGUUCUCGGCCGAGUGUAUGCUGUCCUGUCAAAGAGAGAGGGCCGAGUGCUGCAGGAGGAGAUGAAAGAAGGGACGGACAUGUUCAUCAUCAAGGCUGUGCUGCCUGUUGCCGAGAGCUUUGGCUUCGCUGAUGAAAUCAGGAAGCGGACAAGUGGCCUUGCCAGCCCGCAGCUGGUGUUCAGCCAUUGGGAGAUCAUUCCCAGCGACCCUUUCUGGGUGCCAACCACCGAAGAGGAGUACUUACACUUUGGAGAGAAGGCUGAUUCUGAGAACCAGGCGCGGAAGUACAUGAAUGCGGUGCGGAAGCGGAAAGGUCUGUGUGUGGAAGAAAAGAUUGUGGAGCACGCGGAAAAGCAGAGAACACUCAGUAAAAAUAAGUAACUACUACUGCUGGGGGACCAGAUGGCGACGUCUCGCCAAGGGCUGGAGAGCAGGAGAAUGCUUUCAGGUUCCUGGUCCCUGUGUUUUCACGUCAAUAAAUUGAGUUCUAUCAGUAUUUUAAAGAGAAUGAUAGAG